AUGAAAGGCGUUAUGAGAUUUGGAAAGAAGGGGAAACUUAGCCCCCACUAUAUUGGUCCAUAUAGAAUCCUGCGAAGGAUCGGACAGGUGGCUUAUGAGUUAGAAUUGCCACAAGAACUAGCUGCUGUACACCCAGUGUUUCAUGUGUCCAUGUUGAAGAAAGUCAUGGGAGACCCGUCACUUGUGGUUCCUACGGAGAUUAUAGGGGUUAAGGACAACCUGUUUUAUGAGGAAAUUCCAGUUGAAGAGACUACACGGGAAACCGAGGAAGACAUGAAGUCCAAAUAUCCCCAUCUCUUUGAAGAGCAAAAGGAAAAUGUGGAAG